AUGAGCACUUCAAAAUACAUGACACUCCUUCUUCCUCCUUUUCUCCUCCUGUUGGCGCUCCAGAAUUGCCCGCUCUCUCAUGCUGCAAACAAGUCUGCAGUGCCUGUAAACGUCGGCUUGAUCAUCGACUUCGAGUCCCAAGUAGGGAAGAUCAGCCACACUUGCAUCGCCCUCGCUCUGGAAGAAUUCUAUGCCACACACAACCACAAGAAAAGGUUGGUUCUUCACGCACGCGACUGCAAGAGAGAUGAUUCUGUUCAGGCUGCUUCUGCGGCUAUUGAUCUACUGAAGAACUUGGAGGUGGAAGCCAUUCUCGGACCACAAACGUCGCAAUCUGCAGAGUCCGUGGCAAAUUUAGGAAGCAGGACUCGAGUACCCAUUAUUUCCUUCACCGCAACCAGCCCCUCACUCUCGUCCACCAACACACCUUACUUUAUCCGGACUGCACAAACAGAUGCAGCACAAAUUGAGGCGCUAGUUGCAGUCAUUAAAGCUUGUCAAUGGCGUCAAGUCGUGCCAGUGUACGAAGACUCGGCCUUCGGCGCCGGGUUGAUUCCAUUCUUAAUAGAUGCCCUUCAGCAGAUCGGUGUUGCAGUUCCCAACAGAACACUGGUCCCACCUUCGCCCACAAAUGGAAACGUCAUUGCUCGAAAGCUGGAUGAACUGGACGGAAUGGAGACAAGGGUCUUCGUGGUGCACAUGACUCAUAUGCUUGGGGCUCAAUUCUUUCGGAAAGUGCAUGAAAAAGGAAUGAUGAGUGAAGGGUAUGUGUGGAUCAUCACCAAUUCAGUAGGUGACAUGUUCGAAUUCAUGAAUGCCUCAGAUAUAGCACAUAUGAGAGGUGUUGUUGGAGUAAAGACACACAUACCGCAAUCCAAAUAUUUGAAAAAGUUCACAGAAAAAUGGAGGCAAAGAUUCCGGUCAGACAAUCCCGGGAGCAAACCGCCAAAUGAGCUCAACAAGUACGCCAUAUGGGCCCAUGACACUGUGUUUGCAUUAGCUUUCGCUGUAGAGCGAGUCGCCAGACCAGGGAGUUCCAAGUUCUUUCCAACCAGAGACCGGAAUUGGACGAAUUAUUUCCAAACGUUGGGGACUUCUCCUUCUGGUCCAGAACUGUUGAAUGCAGUUGAGGGGACCAAGUUCAGAGGACUAGGCGGUGAAUUCAAACUCAACAACGGGCAGCUUCAGUCUGGAGCUUUCAAGAUAAUCAAUGUGGUGGAGCGUGGUGCUAAGCAGAUCGGAUUCUGGAUACCAGGUUUUGGGCUAUCGAAGAAUUUCAAUGUGAAAAACGAACAGCAAAGUAGGAGCAGUUUAGAUGCAGGCAGUGUCCUCAAAGGAUCAGUAACUUGGCCUGGUGGAUCAAGAGAAGUUCCAAGCGGUUGGGCAAUUCCCAAGGGAAAGACGCUGAAAAUUGGAGUUCCAGUGCAACCGACCUCCUCAAAGUUUGUAGUUGUAAAGAAUAAUGGAACGGAAGUCACCGGAUUUUGCAUAGAAGUGUUCAAGGCAGUUGUCGCUUCCUUGAACUACACGAUUCUCUAUGAAUUUUUGCCUUUUCAAGAUUCUAAUGGCAAGAUGGCGGGGUCCUACGAUGAACUUGUUUACCAGGUCUACCUUCAGAAGUACGACGCAGUAGUGGGUGACAUGACAAUCAUCGCCAACAGAUCCAAGUACGUGGACUUCACUUUCCCCUACUUAGAGUCAGGGGUGUCAAUGGUUGUACCGGUCCAACCCCGCGACGACAAUGCGUGGGUGUUCUUGAAGCCGAUGACCAGGCCAUUGUGGCUGACCACCGGCGCCUUCUUCGUCCUCACUGGCACCAUAGUGUGGAUUUUAGAAAGUGGUAAUGAUGAGUCUGAGUUCCAGGGAUCUCGUUCUGAGCAAACCGGCAAGGUCUUCUAUUUUAUCUUCUCCACCUUGGUCUUCGCACAUAAGCCGAAACUCGUCAGCAACCUUUCUCGGAUGGUGGUGAUCGUUUGGGUGUUCGUGGUUUUGAUUCUGACUUCGAGCUACACGGCCAGCUUGACCUCCAUGCUGACCGCGCAGAAGCUCCAGCCUUCUGUCACCGACCCUCAAACGCUGAUCAGAAAUAAGAACAUGAUAGGGUACAGAAAGGGGUCGUUCGUGGUUCAUCUAUUGAAGCGUUUGAACGUGGAUCUUUCAAGGACCAAGGAGUUCGAUGACAUAGAGAAGGUCGCAGACGCGUUAUCAAGAGGUGAUAAGGAGCCCGGAGGGAUCGCUGCUUACUUCAAUGAAAUUCCAUACAAUAAAAUUUUCCUGCAAAAGCACUGUAGCAAGUACACCAUGGCCGGUCCUGUUUACAAGAAUGCUGGCUUCGGAUUUGUAUUUCCAAAAGGGUCGCCCUUGGUUUCUGAUAUUUCUCGCGCAAUUUUGAACCUGACAGAGGGAAAUCAAAUGGCAAAGUUAGUGGAAGAUUGGGGUAUCAACACUGAAUGCGCUAAUCAAGAAACAGAGAAGAUCUCAAGCAGCCUGUCCCUUUCUAGCUUCUGGGGUCUCUUUUUCAUAACCGGAACUGCUUCACUUGGGGCUCUCAUCAUCGGCACCAUUUCAAUCAUACAUCAAUAUAAGAAGAGGGAGUUAGGAACCUCCCCAUCUGUUGACUCAGAGUUCAAAAGCCAAUGGCGAAAACUUCUGGACUUUGUUAGAUACUUCGAUGAGAAGGAUCUCACCUCCCCAGCCUUCAACAACAACGUGGCGGCAGCGUCCGGAAACCGGACUGAUGCUGUUACUAGUGAGUGCCACUCCCGGGGACAGAGCCCAGUGAGUAUGGAUGUACAAUCUAUGCCUUACGAAGAUGCCAACUUCACAGACGAAGAUGAGCGUUCAGUCCAUAGAUAUUUGGAGACGCAUGAAAAUGCCCAUAGAAACAGCUGA